CCGUGCCCGAUCGAGCAGCAUGGUUACCUUUGCCGUCUCGUCCGUCGAACUCUCUGCCUACAACGGCGAGGUCAGCCAAAAUGUACCGAUCACGUCAUGCAAGGAGUUCAAGAAGGAAGGCUGCAAGGACAUCAUCCAAGCGACGCCCGUGAAGGUCGCGGUGGCCGCGUCGACGAGUGGCUUCGUCCGCGGUGCUAUCCAGGCUUACAAUCGCCACCACAACCUCGUGCUUCGACCGGACGACAUCUGGCUCGCGAUCAUGGUCCAGUUUGGCUUGUACGUGAACGGCAACGCCGAAGAGCUCCGAUCGUUGCUCGUCAAGCACGACGGCCAGAAGGAGCUCGUCGUCACCACUGCCGGUAGUCUCUACACGGUCGACUUUGGGCAGCUGUCCAAGCAAAUGAUCGACCAAAUGGAAGAGCAUCUCGUGGAACCGGCGCUCAAGGAGUGGGUGCUUCCCGCCUUCUCGACAACAACGGACCACGACACGAUCGUCGCCAGCGUCGUGCUCAUGGCGUCGAUGAAGAAGUACUUCAGCUACAAGUUUGGUCUUUGCUGCGGUAUCCCCGAAGUGACGCUGGAGGGUACCGUUGUCGACUGGGAAGAUAUCCGCACCCGCGUCGACAAGUUUAAGACAUUUGGCGGGCCGUUGUCCGAGUGGUCGGUAAUGCUGGCACCGAUUCUCGAUCAAUUUGUCGUCGCUGCCAAGGGCCAUGCCGACGCUGACUUUUGGAACCGCAUCUGCCACCGCAUCGGCGGGGGCUCUGGUCCAAGCUACAUCAGCGGCUGGCUCAGCGUCUUUUGCGCGUUCAACGAGGACGGCAAGUGGCAAGGCGAUAAGAAGACAGUGCACUUGUACUACGGCGAGGACGUCGAGAGCGAGUUCCCGAUCGUCGAUACGAGCGACAUCCCGCCAGGGUACCUUACUGUCGACGUCAAGAUUGACGACAACGGCACGCCCUAUGACGCACUCAUGUUUGCGGGGCAUAUGGCCUUUGCUGUCAGUGACGACAAGACAACGCUCACGCCAGCGCUGAGCUGGGCUAUUGCCCUCAAGAACGGCGAGCCCGAGCCCGAGCAGCAGCGCAUGUAAAGACGAUUCUAGCUUGCCAUGAUGUGCGUCUAAC